UGAACAUGAAAUUUUUACUGGUUCAGUUUUUUUUUUUUGAAGUCCAGCAUUGCCAUUAUGCCACACUGCCAUGAUGAUCAUUGCGAACACGAGCAUGAAGACUUGCCAGGUUCAGGAGAACAAGCUUUGCUCUAUUCUCGUAUAGACCGUGACAAUAUUCGUUGUUUGAACGAAGCUGAGCCUGAUUCGGGUAAGAGUGUUGUCAAGCCAUGGGAUCAGCGUCUGGACAAUGACAAGUUUGUAGAAAGUGAUGCUGAUGAGCAGCUGCUUAUUACUAUUCCUUUCACUGGAAGUGUCAAAUUGCGGUCCAUAUGCUUACGAAGCGGACAUGGAGAUUAUGCUCCGUCCAAAUUGAAGGUUUAUACUAACCGGGACGGCAUCGAUUUCGACGACGUUUCCGAUAUGCAACCGGUUCAGGAGUGGGAUCUGGUCAGGGGCUCUGACGACGUGGUUGAAUAUACCACAAGAAGUACGAAGUUUAGCAAUGUUCGCAACAUCACCUUGUUCUUCCCAGAGAAUUAUGGCGAAGACACUUCCAUUGUACGCUUUUUGGGCUUUAAGGGGGAAUGGUCCGAGGUAAAACGCGAUCCCAUCAUUACCAUCUAUGAAGCGAGUGCCAACCCGGCGGAUCAUAAGAAUCCAGCGGCUGAAGACAAGCUCCAUUACUCCAUUGACUGAAAAAACCAUUUGACGCCACUAACAUUUGAAAGGUGAACAGGAAGUGAUAGGCGGGUUAUGUUCCUUUUUCCAUGAAACACCAUAUAGAUACAUAUCUUUGUACAAAAAUUAUAGUCUACAGUAUACUAAAAGUUAUUGUGACAACGGUCCCCUUGCUUCUUACCAAAAAAAAUUACAUCAUUCCAUUGCUUCGCACUCUAAUUUAUGACAAUAUUCCAUAUAAUAUAUGAGGUGGUCACGCUCCAAUUUAUGCGGGUGCGUAUGAAGUCAAGUGAAAAGGCUCUCAAGAUCGUUGUGUCCAUGUUUUCCCCAAGUGUGU